GCAGAUGACGUUCAGCUUCCGGUUGUGUCGAUUGCACCACAGUGGGGAAAAGAAUGAUAGGAUAGAGGGUCACGUCAUAAAACUGAAAGUGGAAGUUCGGAUACACGUAAUCAUUCUUGGACACUGAAGUUAGCCGUGGAAAUAAAUUUACUGACUGACAAGAAACGCCGAGGAAUUCAGAGCCUUGUAGGGUAUUAUUUUAUCGUGUGUACUAUUUAAGUUUAGAGAGCAGAGUAUCUUGAAUCUUGACUUGAAAAAUGUCGACUGGAAAAGUGGAACGUUCUGAAAGUGUUGACAUCGCCUGUCCUGUGUGCCACGACCCAUACGAAGUUUUUGCCAUUGGUCCUUGUGAUCAUCCUGUUUGUUACCGAUGCUCAACGAGAAUGAGAGUUUUAUGCGAACAGAAUGACUGCCCUAUUUGCCGCAGUUUGAUGCCCCAGGUUGCGUUUGUAUAUGAAAGAAGUUUAUUCAAGAACAUAACAUUGAGGGAGUGCAUUCCCAAUCGCAAGUUCAAGAUUUUCUUUGAGGAUGAAGAGGUUGAGGAAAGAUAUUUGGAACUGUUGGUGUAUCGAUGCAAACUGUGUCGCAACCGCAAUGCUGACAAGUCGUUCAAUCAGCUUCAAACCCAUAUGAGAAGAGAGCAUCAACUGUUUGCUUGUGAUCUUUGUGUUUCUCACAUCAAGAUUUUCCCAUUUGAACGCAAGUUCUACUCUCGUAAAGAUCUUGCUCUUCAUCGACGAGUUGGUGAUCCCGAUGACAAAUCUUACAAAGGCCAUCCUUUGUGUGAAUUCUGUGACACUCGCUAUAAUGAUAAGGAUGAACUGUUAAAGCAUUUGAGGAAGGAUCACUACUUCUGUCAUUUCUGUGACCAGCACUGUUCAAAUACUUAUUAUGAUCAGUAUCCCGACCUCAUGAAGCAUUUUUCUGAGUCUCACUUCUUGUGCACGGAGGACGAGUGUGGCAAUCCAACAACCCGCUUCACUCACGCCUUUGUGUCGGAUAUUGACCUAAAGGCUCACAAGGCAUCUGAGCACAAUAAGAACUUGUCAAAAGCGCAAGUGCGGGAGGCCAGGACCAUUGAGCUAGAUUUCCAGUUAGCCCCCCGGAGACAGGCACAUGGAAGAGGUGCCGGCAUUACGAGCAAUGAUUACGAGGAUUCCCGAUCUGGUAAUGGCGGAAGACGGGGAGGUGACAGGUACAACAGAAGGAGGGAAAGGGAUGACGAGGAUCUCCAGCGUGCCAUUGAAGCAUCCAAGGAGUCAAUGUCAGAAGCCAGACCCCCGGUCCAGGAACGUGUUCCUGAUCCAGUACACGACUUCCCCUCUCUGAGCGGAGCUCCAGUCCCGGCCUCCAUGGCCAGACCACCUCCCUCUAAGUUUGCAACACCUCGGUCACGGGAAGAGGACUUCCCCACACUCUCCAGUACUUCUAAAGGGGGGAAAGUGGGCCAGCAGCCACCUAACAAAGCUUAUGCAUCUGUGAUGAAUUUCCAGAAUGAGGUGAAGCCUGCAGUCCCCGUAAAGAAAGAGUCGAAACCUGUCUCACUUGGUUCAGUUCCCUCUGUGUCACGGGAUAGAUGGUCUGCAUCAGCCCCUAAAAAUUCGGAGGAGGAUUAUCCUGCCCUGGGUGGCUCACGUCCUUCCUCUGGCAAUCCAACACCAAAUGUAAAUACUGUCAACUGGAUCAACAAACCUUCUCAUGCUACUGUACCUGGUGGGAGUACAACGCAAACUGCUCAAAUUUCUAACAAAAGCUCCCGAUACAAACCCAUUUCUGAUAAGACUAUCAACGAUGUAAAUGAAUUUCCAACCCUGGGGGGAGUCAACAGAAAUCAAAAUGUUAGAAACAACUUGUUUUCUGAGUGGUCAAAACCACAAAAUAAUAAUAAAAAGAAACCGACUCCAAAAUCUAAAAAAUUUGACGAAAGCUUUGAAUUACCAAGUAACUACUGCACGCCCUCAGACGAGUACCCUGUUAUUAAUGAUAAUCGUAUUGGAGAUUCUUCUAAAAAAUUGGUGAAUGGUGUAGCUCAUUUGUCAGUGGAACCCAAGUUGACAAAUGGAUCGCAUGAUUUUCCAGAGCUCCCAACCAGACUUGACAAAGGAGAAAGUGGAGGAGGAGGCGCAUCGGGAGAGAAGAAAAAGAAAAAAAAGAAGAAAAAUGCAGAUAAAACGCCAGGGCCUUCCAGUAGUGUAGCUUGCGUGGAGGAUCCUAGUGCCUCUUUGAAUGACAUUGCCCUUGGCCUUCUUCAAAAUGGACCUACUGCAUCUGUUGGUGUCAAGCAAAAUGGCAAGGGUAGUGAUGGCAGCUCUGACAAAACCUCCAAAAAAAUCCCAUCUUCAUCGAAAAAACCACUGAAAACUGAUUGGUUCGAUAACCCCCCUGUUGAAGUUCUACCCUCAGGUGGGCAGGCAUCAAAUGAUGGCACCAGUAAAGUUGAGAAGGCUAAGGAGUCUAAUGAGAAUCCACAGGAAAGUGCAGUGGACAACUUCCCAUCCCUCCACGCUAUGUCCACAUCAGUGCAGCACCCCAAACCACCUCCUGGCUUCCACUCGGACCCGCCUGCUGCUGCUGCCUCCAAGACAUCAACACUCUCUGCCCCACCAGGUUUCUCUGUCCCCCUCCCUUCUGCUGGCAGGUCAGUGGCCGCUCCUCCUCCGGGCUUUCUUCCCACUGCUGUGUACAUGGAGCCCCCAAACUUCAAAUCUCGAAACAUGCAACUGGUCCAGGACAUUCGCUCCAUCUUGGCAACGGUUGAGGAUGGUUUCUCAAAUUUUAGAGCCUUGUCGGGAGAGUUUCGUCAAGGCUUUCUGGAGGCCUCAGACUAUUACUGCAGCUGCCAGCUCCUCAUGGGUAGCACGGAUUUUGACAAUGUUUUCCCCGAGCUCAUCGCUCUUCUACCAGAUGUUGCACGACAACGUGAACUUUUUGAUAUUCACCAGGCUGCCAAUCAAAGUGGCUCUUCUUGUAGUCUCCGCGACUGUCCGACAUGUGGUCAGAUUGUGUUGGCUCAAGAUGUUGCUCAUCAUCAGCAGGUGCACGGCAUCAAUCCCUCUGACUUUCCCUCUCUCGGAGGCAUUGGUUCUAAGUCAGAUUUUGGAGCCAAUAAUAAUGGAGCAGAAAGAACGGCGGUAAAGGGAGCAUGGAUUAAAGCAAAAUAAAAGGCUAGAUCAAGAAACUGUUGUAAAAUGGAAGAUUUGAGAUUUUUUAUAUUUAUAUUUGCUGCAGACAUAUAGGAGAGUAGCCUACUACUAAUGUGACUUCAUAUCGGAGAUCAUUUGCAAUCAAAGAGGGCAAACUGUUACCAAGCGGAGUUUAGGAACACAUGUGAAAGAAAUGUAUAGUUCAGCUGACAUCCUGCUCUGAUACUUGUCUUACGUGUCACUUUUGUUUUUAAGCCUGAUCCAAUUGAAAAAUAUUGACUAGUUUUUCGUUAUAGAUUAGAAAGGAAGAUGUUUUACUGUAGUGUUUGUUGUCUUUCUCAGGUGUGUCCCUAAGUUGUUGGACAGUGUUCUGCUUACUCAUGAUUCCUUCCCAGUGUACAGAUUUUUAAAACUGCUUUUCUUUAAGCUCAGUGCUUCUCAACAAUUGCAUGAAUUGUUCUUAUUUCACAAGAGAUUAAAAAUGAUAAUGUAAGCCAACAUACUGAAGUAAAAUUACCCUAGACUAGAGCCUCCUCUUUAUUUGAGUUAUGUGUUGCAGUUUAUUUAAAGAAAAGUAAUAAUAUAGAGCAUCUCUGAUGAAAUAUAUAUUUUUUUUCACAUCAGCUUUAAAACAGAGUGCAGAGCAAGUGAUGGACACAGUGAUACUGAACCGGAGCUAAAAGAAUCAUUUUGUUUGUCAGGGUUGGGAUGUAUAGUUCUUGCAAUUUCACAUUGCCAUACUAAUAGUCUUACUUCCGGUAGGGAAGGUGAUCCUUGUCUCAAACAAAUAAUUGCUUUUGUGCAACGAAAUCAGUCAGACAUAUGCAGUCUGUUUCUUUCAUUUCAGCGUAUUUCUUUUUUAUACCAGAGCAGGGAUGGCCCCUGUCUUGAUUUGUAACUGAAAUCUAGAAAUCUAGAAUAUUGAAUCAAGUAAAUUUCAAUGAAAAGAAUGAAGACAAAAAUAAAUGGAAAAAUUGGGGAAAAAAAAAGACUAGCUUGUUCACUUUCGUCUGACAGUGGUUUAAACAAGACAUAAUGAAAUCGCCCUGUUUAAUCUUCUCAGAUCUGUGCAUACAAGGCUUAAAGUUGGAUGACCAACAGAAUCGAAAAGCCCAUUCAUAAAGGUCAUCUCAAACUAAGGUUCCGACAUGUUUUCUUUGAUGUAAGCCUAAAGCAAGAAAAAAAAUAAUAUGAGAUUUACAGCGUACACUGAAACAUUUUCGUCAACACCACACUCUAACGUUCGCCUAAGAAAUACGAUUCAAGAGAUGGGAUGAGUAAUUUUCCAGACACAUGGAGUACGAGGAGACAUCUAGACAGCUGGGGGAUGAAAUCUUUAAGCUGGCACUGACACUUAAAUGUGGGGGCAGGGUGGUGUUGCUGUCUCAAAAAGAGCAAUUUGAAGGCUAGGUUACUGUAAGUCAUUUAUUGUAGUGACCUUGUGUUUGCAUCCAAAGAGCGGUUUUUAGAGAAAAACUUUCAUUACUGAAUCAAGAUUUAAAAGAAAAAAAAUUUUUUUUUGGUCGCUGGCCUGCAGAAGUGCCAUGCAAGGUAUCGUGGGCAUACGUAAAUUAAUAAAUAAAUGAGCUAGAAUUUUUGUAACGCUGUCAAAUGAAAGUGAACUAGCUAUAGCUCAUAGUUAAGAGUAAUCUAAUCCUAAAGUGCAUCCUGUGACUCGCACUUAUUGGAACAAGAAUGUAUUUUUUAUAGAGCAUGACUGCAGAAACUUUAUGGUUUUGGCACGGUACAGUAUGUCUGUUUGCUCUCAAACAAGUCAACUCAGGCUGGUCAAAUCUCUCUAAAGCAAGCAGUUUUGGUAUGCGUGAACACUGGAGCAAAUCCAUCCUGCAAGUGACCUUAAGCAAGAUUUUAAGCUAUUGGUCCAGAAGUUGGACCCCUCUAAAGUUGGCAAAUUAAUUGUAUUUGGCUGAAUGGACCGUAGCCACCUGUAAUAAGUACACAUGUACCAUGUUCCUUUCCUGUUAUGUACACCUACACUGUAUCCUAGAGUCAGAUGAUGUGCUGUGGGUGGAGUAGCCAUCUUACUAUGGGCCUUCCUGUUUUAGAGCAAUAUUUGUUUGCUGGCAUUCUGCCUUAUGCUCCUUUUUUGCUGUUUUGUUUUUGGGAAACGCGUGUAGCAUAUUAUAUACCGCAAUUAAGGAUUUUAAUAGUAAUAGUGUACAAGACUGUACUCAAAGUCAGGGAUGGAAAGUUUUUGCAUAAUUUUCUUAAUACGUGUAAUUUUUGUUAACACUAGUCAUUCAGUUUGAAUCUAAACCAGUCAGGAGUUGAGUUGGUCACUUAUAUUAUAUUCAAACCAAGCUUCAAAGUUUUUGUGGACCUGGGUUUGGAGAGUGAUGUUUUUUUUGGGUAAUUUCUUGGUUUUGCCAGGGAUGCAGAGAUAUUUCAAUAAAAUUUAAAUCCAGAUUUGAUUGUAGGUUCAGAAAAUAUGUGUUGGCUUUGUUUUUGUUUGUUUCUAUUUCUAACCAAUGGUUUAGCCUGUAGGGUAUUUUUGCUUUUUUAGAUUUAUAUUUCUGUAUCCCUUUGUAGAUAUGGAAAAGUUGAACUGUUUUGUUUGUGGUCAAUGUUGUCUUACUUGAACUAUGGGCAACUAAGUAUUUAAGAGAGCAAAUGAAACUACACUAAUACUAGAUUCUAAUAGUGUUUUUAUUUUAGAACUUUAUUUUAAACAUUUUUUAGUUGUCUUGUUUCUUGUUUUUGUUUUUUUAGUGUUUGGUUCCUCCUGUUUUUUUAUAAAUAGCACUCUCCUAUUCUUUUGUGUUACAGGAUGUUUGCUUAAGUUUUUUAUUUGGCUGUUAUUUGAUUUUAAUCUGACAUGAUGUCAGUGAAUCUUGUAACUAAGAAAACUCAUUGUGUGAUA